UGGAAAUUACCCUGUAUUGGUCGGUUGUAUUCUCCAGUGCAUACGAAUCCUUUACUAGCAAAGCUGACGAUUGUGUUAGUGUUGAAUUCUUUUCAAUGAACUGCUUGAGUUAGUAAUUGUGAACAAGCAGCCGGGUCAACAGUCAGUGCCCACUGCCCUAUCAGUUAAUUUACCGGCCAAUUAAAACUAUCGCUUGUAAUGAGUACCGCGGUCGUAAGCGUAUUAUUGCCACUGAUCCUGCCAUAAGCCUGUUGUACUGUAGCCAUUGUGUUCAUCGGUGACUUCAUCCACGCAUGUGUCAUCCAAUAACCAAUCAGCGCCUUGGAUUCGAGUCAAUGAAAUAGAUGAAAAGUUACUACUAAAAUUAAACUCACAUCAGUCGAGUGCGAUAGCCAAAUACGACACGCCUAAACAAGCAGAGUGAAAUACAACUGUGUUACCGUGCCGACCGAUUUCUUCCGAUUUCGUUGAAGUAAACAUCUUAGAAGAGAAUCAUCUUUCUUUGAAGUUUUUUCUUUUUUUAUUGAAUUUUCAAAUGCUCGACUACUACUCUACCAUGGAUGAGUCGCCGCGCAAAAGCCCGGCAUUGAGUACCGUCGCUCAUGAUUACAGCCAAGUAUCUUCUCCUCAUGCCGUGCAAAAUAGUGAAACCGCCGAUAGCCUAAAAAGUCGGCUUAGCCCGACGCCGGACGCAGUAGAAGAACGGCAAAUACCCAAAGUAGAUGGCGUUGUUCAAGUACAAAAUCACGGACAAUCUAUCCCUCAUAUUACACCUUUUUCCGUAUUGGACAUUCUUGAUCCUAACAAAUUCACUGGAUGUAAUAGGGCGUCAUCAAAUGGUUUGCCAUCGCCGUCUGCUUCAGAUGAAAACGAAUACGAAUAUUGUUCUGAUGACCAGGCAGACAGCCGAUUAGAAAUAGAAGCAAACAACGAAACAUGUAAAGAUUCUGACGAGUACGACGAUGAUUCGAGGGAACUCAUUGAUGUCGAUGAUAGCGAGAGUAUUAAAUCAGAUUCUGGAAAUGAGGAGGACGGUGACGAUAAAAGUAGAAAACGAAAGCGAAUCGAUGACAACAAGGCAGGCAAACCGCGCCGAGCGAGAACGGCAUUCACCUACGAACAAUUAGUCGCACUGGAGAACAAAUUCAAAACAACGAGAUAUUUAUCUGUUUGCGAGAGAUUGAACUUAGCACUGUCAUUGAGCCUUACAGAAACGCAGGUGAAAAUAUGGUUCCAGAACAGACGCACGAAAUGGAAGAAGCAGAACCCAGGCAUGGACCCCAACGCACCCACCACACACGCUCAAACGCCUAUCCCAGCAAGUCUCCCCAGUAACUAUACUGCUGGUUUAUUAUAUGGCUCACAAGUAUGGCACGGACUCCAUAGCGCCGGUGCAGUACCAUACUUUUUAGGCUCACCAUACACGACAUUGCCAUCACAAGGCCGUCAUUUUCAUCCCUACUUAAGUCAUGCUACGUUAUAGGAUGAGGCCAUGAAUGAAAAAAGACAUUUUAAUAUUUCUUCACUUCGAAAACGACCUACUUUCUUGCCUUAAUUUAAACGAACAGGGUCCGAAAGACUUUGGUCGCUCUAUUUAUGUAGAUCAAAAAGGAAUAUGUUGUUUUUUUCUGUCUCCUGUGAAAAUUAUGAUUGUUAAAGUAUUUGAAGUUAAAAUAUUAUGUAUUGCUUACAAUCAAUAAUUGCGCCAUACUUAAAAAAACACCACUGUACUUUUAAGGUCACUCACAAAAUGAUUGUUAUUUAUUAGCAUUUUUUAAAGAGUUGUUAUAGGUAGCAUUUUAAACACAGUGUCGUAUUAUUCGUAAAUAUUUUUAGAGUCAAUAUUGUACUGCCGAUUUACAAAAAAGUGUCAGAAAAUAUUUUUAUGCGUCUAUUUAAGUAAAAAAAGAGACACUUUAAACGUCCAAGUUUAGUUACAUUAGAACUAUCGUAAAUAAUGCCUUUAAAUGACCAUUUAUACCAGUGAGAUGAAACAAAAAAUAACGGAAACCUUAAAGUUAUAUAUUCCAUUUAAUCGAUAAAUAUAUGCGAUCGAUUUCUUACUCGUUUCACAAAGAUGUAUAAGUUCACAUCUAUUGAAAGAUGUCACUUCAUAAAAAAAUGUAUAUUUAAUUAAAAUUUCACUUUAUCAAGGGCACGCCUGUUCGCAGAGAAUAAUAUUAUAAAUCAAGCAAUAUCGUCUGCGAAGAACAGAUACAAAACGCGCAAUGUGCUUUUUAGUAAAUUAAAAAGCGCGUGCGUUCGCAGACGAUAUUGUUCUUACUUGUAAUUAGAAGAUUUAGUAAGCGUCUUCAAAUGAUUGUAAAUUAUAGGUUUAUGUAUGUACUGAAAAUUGCCAUAUGUUGAUUCUUUUUUAGAAAAAAAUAUAUAAAUAUAUGAAUUGUUGCAACGUGAA